CUCCACAGCUGGCGGGACGUGUUACUGUGCUGAACGCGACAGGUGUGUCUCACCUGUCACUUCCUGUUCAGCUGUGCGCGCCCAGUUUGUCAUCAUGGCUGCUGAGGAGCUCCAGAAGAUCCGUGUGAUCACCCAGCUGUCAAACCAAGCCCUACACGAGUAUGGAAGCCUGCAGAGGAAGCAUGAGACAGCAGCCAUGGAGUGCAAGAGGCUGGAGGAGGAGAGAGACAUGGCCAUCAAGGAGCUCAACGAGAUCCAGCAAGUGUCUCAGAUGGUCAUCGAAGAGGUCAGUGUGAUUCAGGAGAACCUGGAGAUCGAGAGGACGUGUCGAGAAAGUGCUGAAGCCCUUGCCUCUAAGCUGAACCGUCAGAACCGCUCUCUGAAGAGGAAGAGCAUGAUGCUGCUGUCCCACUUCAGCCCAAGCACCAUCGCACAGAUCAGCCUUGAGGAUGAAGAGGAGGAGGAAGUUGGCGAAGACUUAAAUGCAGCCAGCAAGGUCUGCCUCUCCCAUCAGUGCCAGAGCACCAUCUCAGAGCUGCAAAGUAAGUUGGAGUUAACGUUAAAGGAGAAAACUCAAGCAGUCACUGAUCUUGAGACAGUGAGAGGCCAACUGAGGGAGACCAGACAAGAACUGCUGAAGAAGAAACAUGAUAACACUGUUUUAAUUGCUGAGACAGUGCAGCAAAAGAAGCUCCUGGGGAAAUAUAACAGAGUGUCUCAGUUUGCUGUGGAGGAAUACAAGACCCUGCAGGACACAUUGACCCUGGAGCAGAGUCUGAGGACAGAGGCAGAGAACUUUGGCAGAGCAAUGGUGGUCGAGCAGAAGAAGCUGCAGAGACAGAGUCAGAUCCUGAUGCAGAGCACCUCGCCCAGCCAUGCUCUACAGGAAGCCCUCAGCCAAGUCACCAGACUGACCCAGGAUCUGGAGACACAGAGGCUGGAGCACCACAACCAGAUAAAGCAGAUGGAGGACAGGCUGAAAAGCUGUGAGGCUCAGAGGGAGCUGACGGCAUUGAGGCGCAAACUGGAGCUUGUGGAGGAGGAGAAAAGGGAGUGCAGUGACAAAUGCUCCAAGACUGAAGUGGAGGUCAAGGAUCUGCGGUUUACAGUUGAGGAGCUCCAGAAGAAGCUGCAGGCAGCUACCAACCCAAUCCCCACCCCAGCCCCUCCACCUCCUCCACCACCACCACCACCACCACCUCCCCCGGCCCUCUCCUCCAACCCACUCAGCUCACUGUUGUCAAUGAUCCGAAAGAGAAAGGACAUCAGCACUGACAUCCAACUAGAGGUCCACGACUCUGCCAAGACACAAGAAGUGGACGUCAAGCAGCAGGCGGUGGACGAGAUGAUGCAGAGGAUCAAGAAAGGCGUUCAGCUCCGACCGGUCGGCCAGUCAGCUAACAGAGGAAGGAGACAGAUGCAGAGGCUGCCCUCUAAUUCCGCCAUUCAGGAACUUAAAGGAAUCAUGGGGAGUUUCAAUAGAGCCUCCCCUCCACCGAAGGUAGCACCUCCGUCAACAAACCCCGACGAGGAGCUGCGGAGGAUCCUGCUACGACGGAGGGACGCAGUGGAGUCUCCACCGUCUCCCCCCCACACCAGUGAGUUUCAUCUCAUUCACAUGGAACUCUCUGAGGUGCAUCCACCAGGUCCAUUACUGCUCCUCAAUCACUGACUGGUCUCAAUUCUAUCCCCCCCCCUGCAGUGUGACAGUGCCACCAGGCUGAGGUCGGCCCGGACAAGAGGAUCACAGAAAUAAAGACUGGAUGUGGGUGAUGGACACGAUGCAGAAUCAAUGUCAAGCAUUUUAUUUUGACGUCUGUUUGGGCUGAGCGAUGAUACAAUAUAUAGAAAUGACAGAUUACUUCAGAUUAUGCUGUACUAUCUAUCAAGGUUUUUGGUCGUAUAGCGCUGCCCUAUACAGUCGGUUUCACAUUUGAAGUCAUGUGACUGUAUCAGGAGGAGUCAGUGAUACAGUCAGAUAGGUUCAUAGUGAAAUGAGAGCAGAUGUGCAGAAUGGAGACGGAGGUCAGGUAGCAUGUGGACUGAGGGCAUAGAUGUUGGAUUUCAUCGAAACGAAGGGCGUGUGUAACAAACCAUCGUCUCCGGGUCGGUUCAGCUCUCUUUCUCACACUGAAGGGAAAGCCCAGCUUAUUGUCUGCAGUGCGAGGAACAGUGAAGCAGCUUUUACAGCCUUGAGCUUUUGCCAAAGCAGAAUGUGUGCGUGAAUGGCUCUGUCUAGACAAGUGUUAACCUUGUAGCCACCUAGUGAGCAAUUACAGGCCACAGUAGCAGAUUUGGUUUCCUCUGCUCCCCUCACUCACACCUACACCCCUCAGCCUUCUUAGGCCACCAUUUUAUGUAGGGGUAAUGCUGCCUCCUCCCUGCAGCACUCGACCUGUUCUGGAGGAGAGAGGACACGCCAGCCCUCGCACAUCUCACUUAGAUGUUUAUCUUUAACCAAACCUGCUCAAACCCAUAUGUUUUUACAGUUACCAGUGAGAAGCAUGUGAUUCAGCAAGGAUGUAGGUUUAGUGGGUUAAAAGAUGAACACCUAUGCAAAGUUAUCACAAGUCAUUCAUGAGGUAUUUGUUCUUUUAUUUAUUUGAUUCAGCAGAAUAGAGACGUCACCCACGUCCAAGGAGCCCCAGCAAGUUCUCAUUAUUAAGUUGUUUCAAUAUAUUGGUUAAAAAAUUUGCUUUUGAGCUCAAUAUGGCAGAUGAUUUUUUUCUGUCUUUGAAUUGAUUCCACAGCUUUAUUUCAAUCAAAUCACUAGAGAGAUGAAUUUAAAAAUUUGAAUUUUGUCUCUUCCUGCUGUGGUGAAAGUGAUUUAUGGGGAUUUCCUGUCAUUUCUCUUUGACACUCUCUGUCUCCUACACUUUAGUAUCAUUUUCUACUUCUUUUAUAAUCUACAAUCUCUCCCUGAAGAAGAACCUGCUCCAUUCUCUCUGACAUUGAUAACAUUCGUGUCUGUAUCAGAUUUAGCUGCAGUGCUUGAUGUCCCAGUGAGGCUACCUGUGAUGGUAAUGUAAAAAACUUGAGUUUGAUUCCGAGUGAAUAAAAUUUACCUUGAUUUUUAA